AUGGCUUCUUCACCUACUGAGCUCAUCUCACGAAGCCCUUCGACUUUACUCGGUCAUCCCAUCUUGGAAGGAUGGAUGCUCAAAAAGAAGAGGAAGAAAAUGCAGGGUUUCGCUCGAAGAUAUUUCUAUCUCUCGCAGGAACCAGCCGUGCUCUCAUACUCCUUCUCACCCAAUUCACGAAUCAGGGAUUCAGUCCUAAUCAAACUAGCCUCGAUCUCUAUCUCAAGGAAAUCAAGAUCAAUCCACAUCGACUCUGGCGGAUCUCUGGUCAUGCAUAUCAAAACCCUCUCAGACCCUGAUUUCCUACGCUGGACUCAAACUCUUCAAUCACUCGUCACCAAUGGAAAGCUCAAAGAAUGUCAACGGAAACCCCGUCAAGCCCCUAGAGAUACCUCAAAGGCCCUACCAAGAUACUCGGAAUUCAAUCGUUCCGACGCUGGCCCCUCUGUUCGACCGGUAGAACUCAGCAAUCUAUAUCAUUCCGUAGCUCGGAUGCAAGCUCCAUUGUCCAUGCUUCAAGAGGUUCAAAAUGAUCUGCGCGAGUUGCUCUUUCCACCCCAGUCAGAACCACUAUCAGCACCUCAACCCAGCACCCCUGGCCAACCACGUUCGCCACCAACCAUGUCCCAGCCUGCAUAUAACCCUACUACCUCUCCGAAGCUUCAAUAUUCCACCCCGAAAGGAAAGAAACAGCAUCUGUUCAAGCAUUACAGUCACAAUCACGUCACAAGCUCAGUAGAUGCCCACAAGGUUUACCAGACCAUCACUCAAGCCGUCACCCAAUUGAAGACCGAGCACCUCAACCUGAUCGACCUUAUCAAUAUUCAUCGUACCUCCAUGAUCUCUGACCAGCCUUCGAAGCUCUCUCAAACCAAUCCCAGGACGAGUCCCUCAGUCCACAUCACUCGGAACCCGCGUCAAUCAACCAGUUCCUACUCCCAUGGCGCCUCGGCCUCCGAUUACGUAUCAUCCUCCUCGACCGUAGACUCUCAGCUCAGCUCCCGUCGACGAUCAUCUACAGUGACGAAGGCCAGCCAGCGAGACCGAGUUGGAGAUGGCGGGAAACCUAGAUUCGAGUAG